AUGGAGACCACGAGCCACCGUCCUUGGGAGUCGAAUCCCCCUCACAGUCUCCCACAGACACUGCCAUCAAUAGCUUCUUUGACUUCGAAGCUCCCAGUCCAGCCGCUGGACAGAGCCCCGUCAGACCUCUCAAUUCAUCCACCCCAGAGAGAUUCGGGAAGUUGGAUGACUCCCGGUACCCUGUCGGGGUCUUCGACAAAUUCGAUGCCAUACCUGAACUCUGCCCACUCUCCGACCGGCACAGGCACAUCUCCUUACACUCCAGACAACCCUUCCGCACCUCCAGCUCCGUUCAACGGUGGCCUGCACCCGCAACCGAACGGACUUCCACCGCCAACGUCAGACCCGAACUCCAAUCCAAACAGAGGUAGUGGUGACUUUGACGACUCGCGGAGGAGCAGUGUUGCUUCCAACAGCAUACAUACAGGCAUGAAUAACCUCGGCCUCGGCCCUACAUCUCCUUAUACAAGCACCAAUGCCUCUCAGACAUCCCUCGUCUCUGGCCUCCAAAGAGAGCGAGGCAUCCAGACAAAUGGGUAUGCUGGAGGAGGCAGCAGAUAUUCAACAAUGAGCGGUCCAAUCUCCUCGUUUAGUUCGAGUCGCGGUGGAAGGAGUGGUUUUGCCGCAGGACGAGUAGCGCCCCCAAUUCUCGAGAACCCGAAACAGGAGGUCUACAGUGCAGAAGCCCCGACUCGAGGCCAGGCUUAUGCCUUUCCUGACCCAGACGCGCCUCGUCCGCCGGGCAGAACACCAUCGACGUACUCGCGGAGGAACAGCUUCGCAGAGUCAUUCUCCAGCAGUAUUUUGACAAUGGAGUCGAACAGAUUACCAUUAGGGCAGCAAGAACUUCCCGAUACUCAUCAUCACAGUUUGCAACACAAACAAUUAGACAGCCUUCGAGGCGAUCCCGACUCUCCGAACGGAACCACGCCCUACAGCCGAACACCAGAACUUCGAGUAACUCACAAGCUAGCCGAGCGGAAGAGACGAAGUGAGAUGAAGGAUUGCUUUGAACAGCUGAGAAGCCGAUUGCCAGCCAGUCAAAACAAUAAGUCAAGUAAAUGGGAAACGCUGUCACGAGCCAUUGACUACAUUACACAACUUGAAAAUCAGAACAAGCAAGCACGAGCAGAGUUUGAGAACCAGCGCAUGAAGAUGGCGGAACUUGAAGCCAAGAUGCACGAAAUGAAUCGACAGAUGCAGGGAAUACAGCAACCUCAAGGCUCCUUUCCCCCUCCACCGACUGUGAUGCCACAGAGUCCUCUUGGAUACGGACCUCACUUUAACAACCAUAUUGAUGGGUCCAACGAACCAGCACGGACACUUCCGCCGAUAAUGGGCAGCACCUCGAUGCAGGGCAUACAAUAUGAUGACCGGCGAUAG